GAGAUCCUGGAUUUAAAUAAUCCUUGGUUUUGCCCGAGUUGCCACAGAAACCAGUGCGCCAAGCAGACCAUGUUCAUAUGGAGGUGUCCCGAUACUCUGAUUGUUCAUCUCAAGAGAUUUGUGUACAAAGACCUGGCAAGUCUAAAAAUAGACACAGAGGUUGCUUUCCCCAUAGAAGGGCUUGACCUCACGCAUCACGUCUGCAACCUGCAACAACUUCAACUGUUGUACGAUUUGCAAAGCUGUAUAUGCCAUACAGGCGGGGCCAACGCGGGCCACUACACCUCCUACGCAAAAAACGUUCUAAAUGGCAAAUGGUACCAUUACAAUGACGAGAUGGUUCUAGAGAGGGCUCCAUCUGGGCUGGAUUUCAAGAAGGCUUACGUACUGUUCUAUCAGAGGAGAGGUUAUUCAUUCAUUCAUUCACUCAUUCAUUCAUUCACUCAUUCAUUCAUUCACUCAUUCAUUCAUUCACUCAUUCAUUCAUUCAUUUCAUUCUUUCAUUCAUUCAUGUUUUUAGUAGUGAGGAUGAUGGCAGUAUGA